AUGGUAAUAGGAGCAGGCUCUGCAGUCCUGACAGGUGAGGAGGGGCCUGCAACUUGGACCCAGAAGGACAAUUUGCAGAAGUUGCUCCAGUUUGGUGACUUCUCAUUACUCUCUCCUUCCCAUGUCAGGGUGAAGCAGGACUUCCUGCCAUAUGAGACUCACCUCUGUGGCCACUGGUAUGGCCAGCAGCAGAGCUGUUGUCUUCUUUCUGGCUACAGCCUUGCCUGCGCAGUGGACGGAAAUGGGGACAGUCUUCUUUCUGCGUAUGAGACUGCAGAACACCCAGCUGGACAUUCGCUUAUGAUGUCAGAGGAAACCACAGCUGUAGCUGAAAGCCAAGAUGAAGACCUACUAGAAGAUCCAAAUGUGCACUUCAAUACUGAGACGUUAAACAAGGAAUUUAUGGUGAAAAGUGAAGAGCUCUAUGACUCCCUCAUGAAUUGCCACUGGCAACCUCUGGAUACAGUUCACUGUAAAAUCCCAGAGAAGACCCAGGAGUGA